AUGUCUUGGAAUGGUAGUUUUGGUUUACCACCUCCGUACUCUUAUACAAAUGGCCAGCAAAGUGGAUAUCAUCAGACUCAAAUGCAGCCUCACUAUGCUGGUGCAUACCACUAUCGACAACAAGGAGUUGCUGUGCCUCAAUCUCAGAUUACCAUACCAUCACCUGGGGUUUUCAGAAAUCAGUCAAUGGCAUCCCUUGUUCCAUUACACAUGCGUAACCGUGGCGGCCCCGUCAAAUGUGGCCAUGAAGGGUGCUUGUUUACUGGGUGGCAGGAAAGGAGUAAAGGGAAGAGAAAGAGGGAAGAGGGAGAUAACGAUUAUGUCGAUGAAGAAGCCCAAUUUCGCGCAAGCGGCUCUGCCUCAAUACUUGGGACCAAUGUCAAGCUUGAUUCGCCUGAAGCAAUUGCCGCAUGGCUGGAAGAACGGAAAAGGCGUUGGCCAUCAGCUAAACGAGUUGCAGAAAAGGUUACAUUACUUCAUAUUACUCAUGUCGAUCCGUCCCCAUUGAUCGGCAUUAUUCAGGUUCAACAUCGUCGUGAAGCACUAGAGCGUGGUCAGAUUCUCACAGAGCCCUCACGACCGCAUCAGUUGAGGGCCGACAGUAGCCAUGGCCAAGUGAGUUUAUCUCAGCGUGGGCGGGGCCGAGGUCGAGGCAGGCCCACGAAUCAAAUCCAAAUCGAAACUUCUAGUCUCAACCAAGGCCCCCGGCCUAUUUCUAAUGUCCCUGGGAGAGGAUCUCAUGUAAUAGGGAGGGGCAGUCGUGGUGGCAGUGGAGUCGCCGGCAUUAGAGGACGAGGGAGGGGACGAGGGAGGCCACUAGCAAACGAACCACGUCCUGUCAAUGCGGACGAAAGCAAGCGGAUUACGAGCGCUACCUCAGAUACAGAUACAUCUACCUCAACACUCUCAAGUUCCGAGUCAGACGAAUCAGCAUCUGAUGAUGGCUCAGAGUCAGAUAUGGACCCCGUGAAAGAUGCGGUUUCGUCCAAGGUUGAGUUACCCGCAGACACUGGUACCGAGGCUCAGUCAUCUGAAGCCAACGAAACAACUGCGAUGCAGAUUUGUGAAGAGGCGCCGCCGAAAAAGGAUCCUUCCAAACAACAAAUGCUCCGAAAGAAUGCUGCUCAGCCCCCCAAGCCAGCAUACAACCCGUUUAACCAACGGCCAAAUCUUCUUCGUAAUCUUUUAAUGCCUGAUAUUCAAGCCACUGUGUCAAACCUUUCACAAGCUAUCAAAUUUUUGGUCGCCAACGACUUCUUGAAGAACGUGGAACUCAAACCAGGAGACGCUGAAAAUAUUCCAAUUCAACCGAUGGAUAUCGAUACCCAACCGCAGCAAAAUGAUACCCAGGUCUAA